UAGAUAACACAAUAGGAACAAAAGUGAACUUGUGAUAUAAACUCUACGUGGCAUGUAGAUGCACUUUGAGUCCUGAAUUUGUUAGUCCUGGUACUGUGCAAUAUUGUACAAUUUGCAAAUCAGUGGUCCGAAGUAGGGCCUACAAUAACUUUUGGUGUUUUGCCUAUAGAUAGGGUACCGUACGUGAAAGUCCCUUACAAAAUUUCAUGUGUAGGAGUGUAAGUUUUGUGUCUUGGCUAGAAAAAAACGCAUUUAUUUAGUCUGGGACAGAAAAGCUUUUACAACUGUAAUGAAGUCUUGCAUAGGCCUAGGUCUUAUUCUGGUGGCAGUUUUUUGUGUUACCACAGCGGAUGAAUAUGAAGAUACUCCAGUAUGCACUGGUGAGACGAAACGUCUGAUGGAGCAAAGAUUCAGACCAUCACACCUGAGCUACCAGGAGCCAGAUGUCCCCACCCUCAAGGCCACAUUCAGCAUGGGGUGUUUCUGGGGUGUUGAGUCGGUGUUUGGCGCCCUACCUGGGGUCAUCAGGGUGAAGGUUGGUUACACUGGAGGAAUUAAAGAGAACCCCACCUACGAAAGCUUAGAUGACCACACAGAAUCUGUGGAGAUUGAAUUUGACCCAGAGAGGAUAACAUAUGCCAGUCUUCUGGAAACAUUCUGGGCCAACCAUAAUCCGUCUGACCUAAAGCCAGUCCAGUACAUGUCGGCCAUCUUCUACCACGACUACAUCCAGAUGAAAUCAGCAGAGGAUUCAAAGUUGAAUCAAAGAAGAGUUUUGGGAGAAGACACCCUGACAAAAAUUAAACGUGCCAAAGUUUUCUACGAUGCUGAAGACUACCACCAGAAGUACUUUCUCCGUCAGCACGCCAACUUUGUCCAGAGUCUCGGCCUGACUGACCAAGACUUUCUCAGCUCCUGGAGAGCCACAAAACUUCUUGGAUACAUCACUGGAAAUGGAGACGAGCAAAACUUGAAGCAGGAGAAGGAUGCCUUGGGCCUGACGGACGAUCACAUGAGUUACCUCGCUGCUGCACGUAAGAGUGGCAAGGAGGGGAGGUGCUCAGCAGCCAAAAAGGAUGAGCUAUGAUUGGAAUAUCCGCUAAUUAGAGGCUUAGAGAUUUAGGUGGAGGGUCAUGGGUGUCGCCAUUAUUUUUUCUAGAGGGGGGCAAAGCACAUUUUUUUUCCCGAAAAUCCCUAUAUUUUCCAGCAUUUUCCCGAUUGCUCUUUUUUCGAGGAUGGGCAGGGACAUUUGCCACCCUCCAACCCAUUACAUUAACAACAAUAUGAUUUUGCGCCUCUUUUUCUUCUUCUUUUUUGUUUGUUUGUUUGUUUGUUUGUUUACAGAACUGCUAAUAUAAACAAUGUUCUUCCACAAUUUUGUGCAUUUUACAAAGACAAAGUAUUCAUACCCCAAUUUGAAAAAGCAGAUGGAGGUUAUUAACUUAUAAUUUUUGCAAACUGAACAUUUCUGAAGAGACGAAGACUUAUCUGUACCUAUGGUUCUUAAUAAGUUCAUAUUUUGUAAUUUGUCAAACUCUUCUUACUAUAGUGGCUAUGAAAUGUUUGGAUACAUCUUCUGAAAUAAUGUUUGUCCUUUAAACUGUUUUGUUGGAGUAAUUGUUAUGUUUAUUUUUGCUUUAAUUGUGUGUAUUGUUUGACUAUAUGCUUUAUUGUUUUCUGUGUUGUCACAUUUUAUUUCUGUGAAUACUGUUGGGUGGUGUUGGAUUAAAAUGUAUGUUUUGAAUGCAAAAGAAAUUGUUAAAAA